UACUUUACGUUAACUCUGCAUAAUCAACAUGAAAUUCCUUAUUGUUGUCUUGGCCGCUUUAGCUUUGGCUGCCCCUGCCUUGGCUACCAACUACAACCGUUGUUCUUUGGCUAAAGCCAUGUACAAUUUAGGUGUUCCUAAGGAUCAAUUGGCUCGUUGGACUUGCAUUGCUGAACACGAAUCCUCCUACCGUACUGGUGUAGUGGGUCCCACUAACUCUAAUGGUUCCAAUGAUUAUGGUAUUUUCCAAAUCAACAACUACUACUGGUGUCAACCUUCCAACGGACGUUUCUCCUACAACGAAUGUAAAGUAAGUUGUGAUGCUUUAUUGUCGGAUAACAUUAGUGCUUCGGUGACCUGUGCCCGCAAGAUUUUGAGUCAACAGGGUUGGUCUGCCUGGUCCACCUGGAAAUAUUGCAACGGCAAUUUGGCCAGCAUUGAUAGCUGUUUCUAAAUAUUUGAACUUUUGAACAUAUAAGUAAUUGGUUGAUUAAUAAAGUUUAUAAAAAAGAUUAAAA